GACUUUUCCUUGCCAGAGAAAGAAAAAAAUCUUGCAUUUGACGGAAGUUUAUAGAUUUAUAAUUUUUUAGUUUUUUGCAUUUUCUACCGAUUUUACAAACGUACUCAAUUGAAGAAUAAAAAAUUAAAUUGUGAAAGGGACCACGUCGAUAUAUGCGAUUGAAUUAUAAUCAAUUUGCUGCGAUUAGUGACUUGAAUUCAGAAGAAAUAGUAAUAUGUGCAUUUUGAAGAAUGCCGAUUCAGGCGCCUUCAUGGACAGAUUUUCUCUUUUGCCCCAUUUGUUGCAAUGAGUUCGCUAUCAGUCACCGUCUACCAAUAAGUCUGGGAUGUGGUCAUACUAUAUGUCGCCAGUGCCUGGCCACCUUACACAAUCGCCAAUGCCCCUUCGAUCAAACUACCAUCACAACCGAUGUCGACAAUCUACCCAUAAAUAACGCUCUACUUCAGUUGGUUAGCACCAACACAAAUACAAACAGUACCAACAAACCUGGAAAUGCUAACGAUAACAGCAAUAACAAUGGCGGUGGAAGCGGAGGCGGAGGCGCCUCGGGAAGCGACGGCGACUCAAAUUCAGUUGCCAGAUAUACUCCUCCAAGCGUUCGUCAGCUGAAUCCCGAGGAUCUUAGAUGCUAUAAUUUGUCGAACAAAUGUAUAGAAAAUCUGGCUCUGUAUCUUGCUACCAACAAUGGCAACUUUGGUAGUCCACUUUCGCGACCGAUGCAACGAAAACUUGUAACUUUAGUGAACACUCAGCUAAUGGAGCGCGAAGGGCGUGAGCGUGUGCUGCGGGCGGCACGUUCAUUAGGCGAACGUACCGUUACCGAACUGAUUUUGCAGCAUCAAAAUCCACAGCAGUUGAGCUCAAAUCUCUGGGCAGCAGUGCGUUCGCGUGGUUGCCAAUUUUUGGGCCCAGCAAUGCAGGAAGAAGUAUUGAAAUUAGUUUUGCAAGCACUAGAGGACGGGACAGCAUAUUCUCGGAAAGUGUUGGUGAUGUAUGUUGUCCAGAGAUUAGAGCCUCGAUUUCCUCAAGCGUCAAAAACUAGUAUUGGUCAUGUUGUACAAUUAUUAUAUCGCGCCAGCUGUUUCAAGGUAUCGAAACGUGAAGCGGACUCGUCACUCAUGCAGUUGAAAGAAGAGUUUCGUACUUACGAUGCACUCCGACGUGAGCACGACGCUCAAAUCGUACAAAUAGCUACUGAAGCGGGCCUACGCAUAGCACCGGACCAAUGGUCUUCCCUGCUCUAUGGCGACACAGUACAUAAGUCACAUAUGCAAAGCAUUAUUGACAAAUUACAAACGCCGUCCUCUUUCGCGCAAUCUGUACAGGAGUUGGUUAUAGCUCUACAACGUACCGGUGAUCCGGCUAAUUUAUCCGGCUUAAGAACACAUCUUAAGCAUUUAGCCGGCAUCGAUCCAUCGCUUGAAAAUCCUCCAUCAUCAUGGCAGGACGUAGCUAAAGCGUUGGAGUCUGUACAUGAAGUAGUUGUAGGGUUGGUAGAAUUCGUACAACACCAUGGCAACCGCAAGCUGCAAGAGUACACAACCGGUCAGGCGAGCACGAAUACUAAGUAUAAAAUAAGUUUAUGUCGCGAUCUAACCGUUAGACGUAAUUGCCCUCGUGGGUCCAGUUGUACUUUUGCACAUUCUGAAGAGGAGCUGGAAAAAUACCGCGCGAAGAAUCGUAAAAAUACUAAGCUAAGCAGCAGCGGUGGGCACUCCGGUGUGUGUCCUGUUGUAAUUGGAGCAGUAAACAGUGCAAACAAUGUGAAAAUUGAUUUUCCAUCACAUAAUCAUCCGCAUAGCCAUGGUCAUAAUCUCCACCAGAUCACAUUGAUGCAUCCCAGAAAUGAUAAUUCCGCCCCAGUUUCGGCGGUCACAUCUCCAUUUCGAUUCAGCGGUCCACCAUCUAUGCAUAGCAAAUUACCUCGCGGAAGUUAUGGUGAUGCAUCAUCAUCAUUGCAACCGCAUGGUGCACCAGGUUCACAUCGCCAAAUGCGGCCCUUGCAUCAUAGUCCUAUUCCGCCAAACAAUGGGCAAGUAAUGCCGGUGCCAACUACUGCACAUUGUUACGAUGCGCCAUCCUUUGGCAAUACGUUGAACUUUUCUGUACCAACAACUGGACAACCACCACAUUUGCCUCAGGGUUUAACCAACGUCAAUAGCUCGCAGAUGGUAAUGCGAAAUUCUAGUGGUGGUGUGCUCUCACCCAGGAAUUUCCCAACGACCUUGCAACCCCCGGGACCGCAUCCACCCCUACCGUCAAAUUUACCCACCAACAACCCACCGAAACAUCAUAAUAACAAUUUGGUCACAUCUCUUAGCAACCCGCUAUCUAACAAAUGCUUGUAUAAUGCAUUGUCUCCUGAAUUCUACAAUUCGGGAAUGAUGGGUAUGAAUACACGUUCAUCAUCUUUGUUUAGCAAUAAUAACAACGGUAAUGGUGGGGGCAUGAAUGGCAAGAAUAACAGUGAAUUAAAAGUAAACUUAGCGCCACCUGAAAGGCUGAGGUCCCCACAUCUCGGCGGCAUGUGGGAUCAACAACUUCAUCAGCAGAUUGGAAACACAACAACUGCAGCCGAAGUUAUUGGAGGCUCACCAGUACAUCAAUCGAUGUACUCACCCAGCGAUGACAUAUUUGGUAAGAAAGUCAAUAACAUCAACAUGGAUCUUAACAAAACGCUAAAUGGACUUACACUUGGCGAAGCGUACAAGUUCAAAAAUGAUUACGGCACAGGAGGAAACACUGUUCUUCCAAGUACAGCACUAACAAAUGCAGCAAGCAAUAAGGAUAGUUUACUUUGUGGCGACUUGCAACCUCGGCAAACCUUCUGGCCCGCGCACAACAGCAAUAUUGGUGGAGGUGGUAACCUUGGAGACGCUCCACAAGAACGUAGUUCAAUUGUGCAUAAUAUGGGAAUAAAUUCGUCACCAGGACCAUUCCGCGAUCGUGACAGUUUCGUUCGUUCGGACUCUAUAUUAGAUGACGACGCUGGAACGUUCGAAGUGCCUGUAACGUCUGCAAGCAUGGGCAGUAAGUUUGGUCCCAUAUGCCCUAUGUACAAAGGACACAGUAGUACGGCUACCGAUACUUCCAGCCCCAAUACAUAUCUCGACAGCUGGAGUAGUGGAAAUGCUAGAAAGCAGUCACCAAAAAAAGAGCAUCCAUUGCUGCAUCGAAAUAACACUGGCGACAUCAACUACUCAGUAUUCGCAAAUGAUACCGAGAGCGGACUGGCAUUGCAACUGCGCCAACAGUUACAGAAACAUCAGCAACAACAACAGCAGCGCCAACGUCAAAAUAUGGCACAUCAACAUCCACACAGAUCGUCGGCAUUUGAUAAUUUUAACAGCAUGCAAAAUUCGUUGCUGCGUGAUUUGCCAUUUAAUCAUAUCAACAGUUCGCCAAGAGAACGCGAAUCAGGUUGUGGUGGAUCUGUUGUUGGCGAUGAAAGAGCUAAUUUUGAGCUAAGAUUUAAUGCGUUCCCAAAUAUGAUAUCCAGCGUGGAUGACAAUGCCAAUAUCGAUCUAACCAAGAGCUCCUCGAUGUGGAAUAGUGGACUAAAUACAAACUUCUGGAAUGAUUCACAAUCCUCUGAAGCUGCAAACACCAAGGAACGCCAGCAACAAUACCAGCAAGGAUUACUAAACAUUAAUAAUAAAGAGCGAAGGAGUGAAGAAGGCAUCAUUGAUAGCGGUCGAAUGAGAGAUAUUGAGCAAGAACUCUCCAAAAUUGUGGACAAAAGCUGGUCAAAUGCGGAUGACAGCGGUAUUAAGUUGUAGUAGGUAAAGCUCUACUGCAGGUAAGAAAGCAUAGUAAUAUGAAAGCAGUGUAUUGGCUGAAACCGGCAAAGGAAUAUGAAGCAAAAGAAGGCUCCUUAGAAAGGAUUGAACUGAGUUCACCGUAAAUUAUUCCCCAAAAUUUACAUGUAUUGUAAUAAUAGAGCAACUGUGAUUGAAGUAAUGAAUCAUUGGUUGAAUAUUGCUGAAUGCUUCAUACAUUCAGAAACAGUCACCCUUUCAGUCUAAAAUAGAAAAAAGAAAAAACAGUUUUUAAAUUAAAAGAGAAGCAACAUACAUAGAAGUUGAGAGGAAAAGACAACCCACUGCAGAAGUCACGACGUUGUUAGUGCAUUUCUUUUUUAGUGAAUUCCUUGCGUUGAAAACUUGCUGUAUUUUGUAUAAUUUAGAAAAGUAGAUAGAAAGCGGCUCUGAGGAAAAUGCAUUUUCCUCUUUCUCAAAAAUAUUGCAAAUUGCAAUACCUAAAUGAGAGCCAAAGAGUGUAUAGCGUAGAAAACGAAUGUAGAAAGUAUUGUGCGAAACGACUAUUAUUAAUUGUAAUUGUAAAAUUUUUGUAUUAGAUAUUCCUACGAUCGAUUGUGAAAAUGGUAGCGGUACUAAUAAUUCUAAUGACGUGAUCAAUAUGAAACUAUAUUUUAUAGACGUUUAAUGAAAGCAAACUCAAAAAUAAUGUAAUAUUUUUGUAUGAAUGCAACCACUAACCGCAUGAUGUCGCUUUUAUGCAGCCACACACACACACACACACCUACUCUUCUUAUUACACGAACACAUACUAUAUAUACAUAAAUACACUAGCCCAACAGGAAGUAAAUCAAUAUACAUAUAUGUACAUAUAUAAAUAAAUGUAUUUAUUCAAAAACGUUUCAGUGCUUGACUCACUGCUUAUACUUCCGACUGACAUAAAAGAAAUGUUGUAACAUUCACUCUAACUAAAAAUAAAUAAAACAGCGUCUUCGCUAAAGAACAAUUAACUCCCGCUGGGCACGUUUACAUACACAUAAAACAUAAAACACAAUAAUAUAAAAACAGAAAACAUUUAAAAUAAUUAAAUUUAAAAUUAUUAUAUACAUGCCUAUAUCUACAUACUAUAUAUUAUAUAUUUCUUAAAGAAAUUUAAAUUACGCUAUUGGGCGAUGUAAGGUGAGAUCAUGAUAUGACAAUGAUAAUUUUUUGAUGAAAUUGACGUUUUUAAAUAAUUACCUUUUGUCUGAUAAAAGAUUAUAAACUAGAAAAUUUAUACAAACAAAAAAAAGCAAAAGCAAAAAUGAAAAUGUAUGUACAUACCAUAAACUGAUAAUAUAUAUGUAUAUGUAUAUUUGAUAAAUAUCUACACAUGCAUUGGAGAAACGAUGAUGAUGUUUGUUUUUCAUUACUUUUAUCAUUCGUUUGUAGUUCUGUACAAUUGGAAUUCUGUUUGUCGCUAGUUCGAUUUUUAUUCUGGUUCUAAUUGUAUUUCUAAUUGUAACAUAUUCGUAUGCGUUCAAAGAUGACUCCUAUUUAUUAUUACAAAUAUGUGUGUAGUAAAUGAUAAACUAGUAGCAAAUAUCUCAAAUUACAUAUAAAUGACAUGAGCGAAGGCAGAACAUUGUAUUUUACAAGCUUUUUAAAGCAAACAGAGCGUUCAUGUAUUUGUGUAUAAAACAAUUUAAUAUUAUAUAUUAAAAGUCGCGUGAAAACAACUCAAUAAUUGAUUGAUUGAUUGAUUGAUUAAUUAAUUCAUUGACUAACUCUUUAACUAGUGUUAUUGCCUACAUUACAAGAUUUAUUGAUCGUUGUUACUAUUUCUACUAAUAUUAAUGGAUGGUUAGUUCAAAGUUGAUGCCGCUGAUUCUUCGAAGAAUAAUAAGUGGACGAUAGAAUUUAAAAUAAAAACAAAACUGACAACAUGUAAGAAGUCUAAAAAGAUUUUAAACCGAUUUCAUUUUGUGCAUUUGGCUUCCAACUUACCUCCAGCUUUAAAAGCAUUUCUAUUGCCUUCAUGUAUUCCUCCCAUAUGUUUUUAGUUGUUAAUUUGUAUUAUCAUUACAAGUCAGUUAUACUGAGAUUUUCGCUUAAAUGCGCUACAUAGACAUUACUAAAUUUAUAUUAUUAGCAAAUUUAAAAAAUAUUUUGUAAAUUAAUUGCAACAUUUGUUGAGCCUUAUUAGUAAUUUACUUAUGUGUAUGAAGUGUUGAGCAAAGCUCAAAAAUAAGAUGAACCUAAUUUUUUUUUAUGCAUGUCUAUUUUAGCCAAUGUAUGCAUAUACAUACAUAUGUAUAUGUUAUUAAAUACAUAUAUGUAUGUCCUUACUCAGGAAGUUGUUCCCGUAAUCCUCACCAAGCUCCGCAAUUAUCUUUUCCGUGCUGUAAAAAAUAUAUAUUUAUUUUUGUUGUUUUCCUCCUAUACACUAAACUCAACGCAUUAUAUAAUCCUUUUUUAUAAAGGUGUAAAUAUAUAUAUUUUUAAUUACUAUGUAACUUAUUUUAGUGUAAAGAAAUGCUUGUGAUCUAAUUAAUAUUAAACCAAUACAAAAUUAUUACACGCAUAAUUACAAAUUUCUGCAUGCAAUUUCUCAGAACCACAAUAAAAUGCAAAAUAUAAUUUUAAUUGAUAUUGAUAUUUUAAAUUAUUAAUUUAAAAUUAUAAUAUUAAAUUUCAUUUCCCAACACCACACAACUUUAAGAUUUUUGUUAUCUCUUGCAAAUAAACAGAUCAAACAUGAACAUUUUCAUAUUAAUCUGCUGAGUAGUUGCCUGUUUCGAAAAUAAUUUUACAAACACCAACUGAACGACAUAGCCGCCUAAUGACGGAGUAUUUCUUUUGCAGUAUGCACAUACAGUGUCUCGCAGCUUAUUUGAUGGAGCAAAAAAAAAAAAAAUUAAAAUAUCAAAUAUAUUUUAUGGUAUUUCCAUUACUGAAAAAAAUCGUAUAUUUAUUUUAUUGUUAAAUAACAUGUUUUAUUUAAUAACAAAAAUGUUUCUUCUUGAGAAUGAUAUGGCAAAUUAAAAUAAUUCAGUUACAGUUUUCAGAUCACAGCUUAAAUGAUGCACUAAAUGAAAAGUAUUCAAAAAACAUAAACACAGUAAUAUUUCGGUUUCAUGAUUACUGCUAACACUUAGUGGGGUAUCCCUUCUGAUUCGGAACAGCUUUUAAUCGGGAAUUCAUAGAUUCCACAAGUUUUGCUAUAUAAUCGGAACUAAUUUUAUCCCAUUGUUCCUGUAGUGCCCGUUUCAGAUCAGAAGCAUUAGAAAUAUUGUGGUUUCUUAUUUUAUUUUCCAGCACUGACCACAAAUUCUCAAUAACGUUGAGAUCUGGACUCUGUGCAGGUGUCUGCAGUACAUGUGGGUAGUUCCUGAUAAGCCAAGUUUUUACAAUACCAGACGUAUGCUUGGGAUCGUUGUCUUGGUAGAACCUAAACGAAUCCCUAAUGCCCAUUUUAUGCGCACUUUGUACUAAAUUUACUUGUAGCAGAUCCAGAUACAUCUCUUUAUUCAUGUUUCCUUCGAUAAAUGUUAAAAUUUCAACGCCUGAAUAGGGCAUGCAAGCCCAUACCAUCACACUGCCCCCGCCGUGUAGAGCGCAAAUUACAUGGUUGAAGCGCUGUGUUUGAUUUUCUUCAAACACAGGACUUCCCAUCAGACCUGAAAAGGUUAAAGUUGCUUUCAUCCGCAAAAACAACGGACUUCCAGAACGAAAUGUCUUUGUGCAAAUGUUGUCUGCAAAACUCUAUUCUUUGUUUUCUAUUACGAGCUUUAAUCAACGGCUUAUUUCGGACAGUCCUUCCAUGAAAAUUUUCUUCGCGCAGAACUCUACGAACGAUUUCAGGGUCACAGAUCUUGCCUAAGUAUUUUUCGACUUCGUUCGUUAAUUUUGGGGCGCUUAAAUCGGGUUUUUCUUUAACUUUACGAACAAUCCACCUCUUAUCUGCAUCAUUAAAUAUUUUAUUUGGCGCACAUCUGCCCUUAUCUUCUAUCCUGUUUUCGUGGCGAAGCCUUUCUAUAAUGUGCUGAACAGUUGAGGAACUAAUAGCAACAAUUUCUGCAAUCUUUCCUUGGCUUUUGCCCUCUUUAUAAUGACGAAUAACGUCUUCCCUUUUUUCAAGUGAGGUCCGUUUACCCAUUUUAAAAACUUUGAAUUUUUUCAACUUUUCUUUACAACAUAUUUUUUGGACUUAAGACGCUAAGCUAAACAGAAAAAAAUACAUUUCACCGUUAUUGCAUUAUCAGAGAAAAUAUAAAAUACACAGCAUCAUUUAAGCUGUGAGCAUAUAAUAUUUUGAUGAGAGAAUUUUUUGUUUCUAUAUUUUUUCAACAAGCUUUGUUUUUGUUAUUGUUCUUUCUGCAGUGGUAACCAGUACGUACAUAUCUCAUUACAAGUCAUAUACAUUUAUUUUAUUAAAUUUAAUAAACAUCGAGUUAUUUUCUUUUUUCCAAAAAAAGUAUUACCUGCAUCAAAUAAGCUGUGAGUUACUGUAUAUCCCUACAUACAUAUGUACAAUAAAGAGUUGCAUAACUGUUUCUGCCUCUUGCGUUCCACAAAACACUACAAAUUUGCCAUUAACUAUUUACAAUAAUAUUAUAUAAACCCAAUUCGGAAAGUUUUAAUUUUGAGUUUGCCGUAUGCAUAAGAACACUGCCGCGUUUAAAAAGCUAAAUUUCAGAAGGUGGUGGUAAGUAUUGCACUAGGAAUGUGAAGCAAUAAAAGAAUUUGAAAGAAGGGUAAUAAAUUGUGAAAAUUUCAAAAAAGGUUUCAAGUUAUUUAGUCCAUUGCAAACAAUAAUUCAAUUCAAAAAACCAGACCACAAAAGACUUCUGAAUAGAUCAGUAAUUAUUCACAAGAUGAGCUGUAGUGAUCCUCUUUCCAACGCCAGUAAAAAUCGGUUAUUUAGCAAAAAUGGUACUGAGUGACAAAAAUAAAAUUCUGAUGGCAAAAGCAGAAGGUACAGCAUGCAAGCAAGGAUGAUAGAUAAUAAUAAUAAUACUCGUAAUACUGAAAAAUAUUUUUUUGUAGGGGAACUUUGGAUUCUACGUUAUUCGUUUUGUGUUUCACUAAGCUAAAGCUAAAUUUUGUGCAUAUCUGUAAAAUUCGCUCAGAGCCGAAUAAUGGACUGCUAGGUAGUACACAUCUAAAAAUCUUUUUACCAUGGCAUGCAAGCAAAAGUGUUAUGAUGUCGUCAGUGAUAUUACGUCAUCAUAGGAAAGAAUGUUAUACUCGAUCUGUAUAAAUGUAAAGUUAUUCUUCAAAGCUCCACCAAAAAUUAUUCGGCUAUUACAUCGAUUUAGUUGUUCUUUUCUUAAUUCUUUCUUUCUUUUCUAUUCUUAAAAUACGACUUAAUGAAAAUGUAGUAUAAUUUGCCAGCCCGAAACAAUUGUAUAUCUUAACAAAACGCAGACGUUUGGGUCUUUAAUAGGCAAUAGAGAAUUGCGAAUGCAAUAGUAGCUUUAAUGUUGUGGCUAAAUUGUUAUGUAAAAGCGUUCUUUUUUUAAUUCGAAAACAUUUUUUUUAAUGUAUGCUAAUUAUGUUUUUGCUUUCUCUUCAAGUGUUUAAGCUAAAAAAUGUAAAUGUAGUACCUUUGUAGUUAUUAUGGCGCGAUAUUUAUUUGUUCACGAUUGUGUGUAGGAUUUUUUUUAGUGUCAUAAGAUAAUGUUAAAUUGCAUCGAAUACCGACAAAUUUUGUGUACCUAUUAAAUUUUAUAAACGGAAUUACGAAUUCAAGGCAAACAAUUUUUUUGUUUUUACAAAUUUCUUAAUACUUUAAUGUGCAUUUGCAUGUUAACUCUCAGAAAUAAUUUAUAUAUCCUGCAACAGCAACAUCAACUUUGAAGCUAUUCAUCCAGAUUGCGAUUAUUCAUUUAGUACCAGACACACAUUAAAAGCUGCUUUCACAUACAUAUGCAUAUGUAUGCAUGUACCGAUACGGCUAUAUACAUAUGUAUGCAUGUGAAUGUGUGAGCGUUUUAAUUGCUAAUAACCGCUCCAUCAGACUAUAACUUAAAUAACCUGAAUAAUCACACAAGCCUAUUCAGAUUUAUGAUGGAAAUGUGCAAAAAAUUUAUUAAUAUAUUACCCUAACAGCUAACAUUUUAGAGCACUUUAUUGAUUUCUUUGAUUUAAUUAAUUAAUAUACUAUAAGCGCUAACAAUUUAAACACUCUUGCGGGAUUUCUUUCAUUUUGGAUAUUAUUUUCUUUUUAUAAAAAAAGAACUUUUUCUUAAAAAAAAAAUUGUAUAUUGAGUGUUUAAUAUAAUAUAUAUUUUAAUAUGUUAUGAUAAAAUAAUGCAAAAUUAAAGAAGGUGCUAAAAAGUGGUAAAUAGUCGAGUAUGUUGCCACAAAUUGGUUGUCAAACAUUCAGCAGCACUAUUGGCAAGUUUAAAGAAUCACCAAGAUAACUGAAUCAAAGCACGAGAAAUUCAUGUUUUAUUCCACAGGCUGUUUUAUCGCACAAUGUGCUCCCAUGUACGUGUUUUCCCCCUUAACUGUAAAGCAACAAUAAAUUACAAAAAUUCAAGCCAUUUAUUGAAAAUGUUGCAGUAAAUCUUAAUUUAUUUUAAAAUAAAUAAUUCCACAAAUACCAAUAUUUUGUCAAAAGUCACAGUAUUUACCUCUUUCCCGUUUUGUUAACACAAUUUGUUAAAAAAAUAUUAUUUCAGCAAGUGAAGGUUUUAUCCCUUACACAAUUUCAUAAUUUUGUGUACUUAAUAUAGGUAAAUCAAAUGUUAAAGCAAGCUUUUAGAUGAAUUUGAGUUUUAAAUAAAAAAUAUAUCAGCUUAAUAAUCAUGUACUGUCUGGCAUUAAAAUAUUAAAAAAAAAAAUUUUCUAAUGUAAUAUGAAAAAAAAAAAAAAUAUUUUUUACCUAUAGCCUGAUUUAUUUUAUUUUCUUUUCUAUUUUUUAAUUAUAUUUAAUUUUUUACGUAUGGAGCACGUGCAGUGUGGUGCAGAUAUAACUUAAACCCAAUGGGUUCAUAAAAAAAUAAAUAUAAUUUAAUGCAUUAAAAACUUAACUUAUUGUUUUAAUUAUAUAUAAAAACAUUUACGUACCCAAAUUAUAUUUAAAUAUACUCUACACUGUUCGAUUGUUGAGGAACAAAACGACCACAGUUGCAAGGUCGUUGUUGGAGAAAAGUAAAAAGUGACUUUAGUUAUUGAUAAAUAAUAAAUAAAUACCAUGUAAAUAAUAGUUGAAAACGUAAACACAACACUAAGAAAAAAUCAAAACAAAACAAUAAAAGAUGCUGCAUACAUUUUCCAAUUGCGCAUUUGUAUGUAUGUAUAUUCAAACUAAUUCUCAAAUUCCUGAAAAAAUAUAUAUAUUUAUAAAUGCUAUGUACGUUAGCUUUUUAGACCUAUUUUGAGUUGUAUGAAUAGGGUACUAAAAGUGUAAUGCUUGUAAAAACAUUGUUUUUCGUUGUAUUUUUUUUUUCCAAAAUUUAAUUCAAUUGAAGCUAAUGCAAAAUUGCUAUGUUUUAGAUCUAACAAAAAUGUUAUUUUUUAUUACAACAAAGAAUUCUAACUAUGUAUAACUAAAGUUUUUUUAUAUACAUAUAUACAAAAAAAACCCAAUGAUAAUGCAAUAACAAAUGCAAAGGAUUGGAACGAAACAAAAACCAUAUAUUCGUAUGCAGUGAAUGAACUAAGCGAAAAUACACGACCUGAUGCAAAAUGUUUCUUAAAUUCAUAACAGGAAGCUAUCCUUGAUUUUUUGCAAAGUACACAUGUAUACGUACAUAUGUAUGUAUAUAAAUAUGUAGUUGCAGUGUCGUAAUUUUUGCAAAAUAUGGGACUCGCUGUCCGUGAAACAGGAACAAAGCUUAAAAUGUGCAAUGAUUUCAAUUUUGAAUACGAAAGCUACAAAACAAAAUUUUUUAUUUAUAUAAAUUUCAUUAUUGUUAU